AUGCCUCCUAAGACCAAGGGUGCUUCCAGAGGUCGCGGUGGCAGAACCGCCACCGGUGUCCGAAUCUUCAAUGGUAGCAGAACCUCUUCUCAUUCGUCGAACCCUUCUGAACGCACACACUCUGCGACACAGUCUGCAACCCAUUCACAUCAAAGCCGUCCUUCACAAUUUCCCCCGACUAAUCCAGCGCCAAUAAGUAGUCCAUUGCCGACUACAGAUCCACCGUCGUUCACAAAUCAACCGUCGAGGACAAACCAACCGUCGAGUAGUCAUCCACCGUCGAGGACAAACCAACCGUCGAGUAGUCAUCCACCGUCGAGGACAAAUCAACCGUCGAGUAGUCAUCCACCGCGGAGGAUAGUUACACCGCCUCCGAUUCCUCAACAAGCGCCUCUUCCUGUUCCUCACCCUCAACCGCAACCGGAGCUUGUUCAGGAGGGAGAUAACGGCGAAGAAGAAAACGAGGAGGAACAAAACCCUAAUCAAAAUGUCGAUCACUACCAAGAUCUGUUAGAUGGUUUGCUAGCUCUUCCAGGCCGAGAACAUCUACCACUCCUGUCUCAGCAUCCUAUCCCUGGAGUCGAAACUCUAUGGUUUAACCGGCACAAAGGAAAGAUUUCUCAAGUCAUUGCUGGAAUCUUAAAGCGAAAGUUUGAUGGGCCUUACUACAGUUGGAAGGUUACUCCACAACGCAUUCAAGAGCGAUACUUCAGGACAUUUGCGCGGAACUAUAAUUGGGAUAUCGGGAUUACUGAGCUAGUUAAAGAAGGUUUCUUGAAGAUAGCAAAGAACAGGAUGAAAGGCAUUGUCAGUCAAGUUAGGAGGAGUGGUGUACAACCACCAUGGAUUGGUGAUAAAGUAUGGCCUAUUAUGUGCGAAUAUUGGAACACCCCUGAUGCCAUUGAGAGGAGUGAGAAUGCUUCUCAUUGCAGAAACUCGGACCGUGGAGGCCUUGGAGUGCACAAACACUUAGCUGGUCAGAAAUCAUAUGUACAAAUUCAUCAAGAAAUGGAGGAAGAGCUGGGGCGUCCUGUAUCACUGGUCGAAGUGUUUCUUAAAACACACACUCGGCCAGAUGGAUCAUUUGUGGAUCAAAAAGCCAAACAAGUUGCUGAGACCUAUGAGAAGACCAUAGAAGACAGACAAACUGACACGGACAAUGAUGGUCCAGAUGGUUCAGAGAGUUCAACACAUCGAACUCUUUCCCUUGAAGAAAGAAAUGAGAUCUUCCUUGAGUGUACUCAAACAGAUAACAGAGGUAACCCAUUUGGCCUUGGAUCACUUGUUGAGACACUAAGGAAAGGAAAAAGGAAAGAGAGUUAUGCGAGCUCUUCUGCAGCAACUCUUGCGGAGCUUCAAGAUCAACUUCGGCGCAAGAUAUCUGAACAUGAGUCUGAGAAUGCACGACGUGAUCAGGAACACCGAGAGUCUCAAGCUGUGAUCAACAAGCUUGUCCUCUUCAUCUCUGAAAAAAUUCCUGAAUACUCAGCUUUUACGGUUCCUCCUCCUGCAGCCACCCAACCAGCUAUCGCGCCUACAACCACUGCACAACCCAUCGAUGGAGGCACCACACCACCCUCCAGUCCAGCUGCACAAACCCCUACCUCUAAUACUUCUUCCAACUAA